AUGGGCAGAAGGACCACAUUUGAUGAUGUCUGCGCUAACGAGGCGAAUGCGUGGUGCAUCUGCCUAGAGAACAACUUGGGCGGUAAAGAUGUUCACAAGAAGUGCGGCGUGCAGCAGCAGACGUUCGACACGUGCGUUUCGGCGUGGCGCGCCAAGGUUGGCAACGUUGUUCAGGUGAAGGGGGAGAACGAAGGGGAGCCGCCUCUCCAGUGUGCGUCCAUGUCCUGCCACAUUGGAGAGUGCUUGCGCAAGUACAACUACGACUUUGAGCGGUGCAAGCCGCACAUGCAGUUCUUCAAGUACUGCGUCAAGAGCUUCUACGGCCAGGACUACAUUGCGUAA